AUGGUUCUAUAUAUUUCUCCUGCUAGGUGACUUGGAUUGGAUACCCUAACACAACUGGUUUGCCCACAAUUGACUAUAGAAUCACUGAUGCUAUGGCUGACCCUCCUAACACAAAACAGAAACACGUGGAAGAGUUAGUUCGAUUGCCGGAUAGCUUUCUUUGUUAUACACCUUCUCCUGAAGCUGGGCCAGUGUCUCCAGCACCUGCUUUAUCCAAUGGCUUUGUUACAUUUGGUAGCUUCAACAAUCUUGCCAAGAUAACACCUAAAGUGCUGCAAGUCUGGGCAAAAAUUCUUUGUGCAGUUCCGCAUUCUCGGCUAAUUGUUAAGUGCAAGCCUUUCUGUUGCGAUAGUGUGAGGCAGAGAUUUCUUUCUAUUCUAGAGCAGUUGGGAUUGGAGCCACAGAGAGUUGAUCUUUUGCCAUUAAUCCUUCUAAAUCAUGAUCAUAUGCAAGCAUAUUCCCUCAUGGAUAUUAGGUAAUGCCCUUGGUCAUGUGGCCUUCUUAUACUCGGAAUCUAAUUAAGCUUUUGAUUUCAUUUGUAAAUUGAAG